UGGUGAUGGUGGUGGGCCACUCGAAGCUCUGGCGGAGACAGCCAAUGAGGAUCUCUUCCCGGGAGGCGAUGAGGAGGAGGACCUCCCUCAGCAGGAAGGCCAAGAGGUGCCCAAGCCGGUGCCAUUUGUGGCCUUCGGUGACGAAGACAGGACGAGGGAGUGCGAUAGGGAGGCUCGAGACUCAUUGACUGUAGACAGUCCUGAGAAGGAGCACCACAUUGAAUAUUCGAGAGAGCGAUAG